UACAAAGGAAAAAAAUAAGAUACCUCAGAACAAAAAAAACCCGUUCUCGCUCUUUCUCUUCUUUAUUGUUUCCCAUUUCCAGCUUCGUUUCAAUUUUCACCAGCAGAGUUGCGACCUUCCUCUCUCUCAGUUCAUCAAUGAAGGGGGUCUCUGAUUCUUCUUCUCUGGUUCGUCUCAACAUUGGUGGGAAGAAAUUCAGAACAACAUUAGAUACAUUGACUCAGCGGGAACCUGAUUCGAUGCUAGCUGCAAUGUUUAGUGGCCGUCAUACCUUAUGCCAGGAUCCCGAGGAGGGAUCUGUCUUUUUGGAUAGGGAUGGAAAACAUUUUCGACACAUUCUCAAUUGGUUAAGGGAUGGUAUAGUCCCAACUCUUCCUGACUCUGACAUGUUAGAGCUUCUGCGAGAGGCAGAGUACUAUCAGUUGCUUGGACUUAUCGAUGGAAUCGGUGAUGUAUUAAGUAAAAAGAAGGAAGACGAGGAACCAGAGCUGAAGCGUGUUGAUAUUAUCAAGUGCAUACAGUCUGAGAAAGUUAGACUGCGAGGGGUUAACCUUUGUGGCCUUGAUCUUUCCAAGCUGGACCUUUCAUAUGUAGACUUCAGCUAUGCAAGUCUUAAAAAUGUGUUCUUCUCACGUGCAGACCUUCAUUGUGCUAAAUUUCGGGAUGCAGAUGCUGAGGGCUCAAUAUUUCAUAAUGCAACUUUGCGAGAAUGUGAAUUUACUGGAGCAAACCUUCGUGGGGCCUUAUUAGCAGCUGCUAAUCUUCAGAGUGCCAAUUUACAAGAUGCCUGUUUGGUAGAUUGCAGCUUCUGUGGAGCAGAUUUACGCUCUGCACACCUUCAGGCUCUUCAUGAUUGGAUUCUUCACUACUCAUACUAAUAUCUGAUUCAUCGUCGGACUCUUGAGAAGUGGGCUUCUUAUAUUCUUGAGAAAAUGUGCCUUGGAGGAAACUUUCGACCCCGGUACCCUGAAAUUAUGAUGAAUUAUUACGGGAGAGGAAUGACGUUUUAGUGUUGAUUCAACACAUUUGGGAUCAUGUGGGAUGAGUACUCGAACACAUUUCUCUUCUAGAUCAUCUGGAUUAUGAGAAUGAUGCACCAAGGAAUCUGCUGUAUUUGUAAACUUCUGAGAAUUAUUUUGAGGUGGAGAACAUACCAGAUCUCUGGUACUCAGAACCUCUUCAUUAAUGAUAUGAAGUUCUUGCUCAAACUCAAUUUCUUCUACAACUUUGUUUUGAGAAAUCAAAUUCUGAUAUGAAGGCAACACAGAGCAGAAAUUAGAGGAUGACCGUUCAGCUCCUGAAGCAAUCUCGAGGCCUUCGUUUUCUAUAUCAGACGCAACCUUUGAGUUUUCUUUUUGAAGAGUGCAACAGGGAGCUGAGUGGACUUCUUGGCCUGCUAAUGAAUUUUCAAUGAAAGUAUUAUUACUAACCUCGUUGUCUGGGCUGGAAUUUUCUGUCUUCGAGAUAAUAGCCGGCUGUAAAUCAACAGACAAAUUUAAUUUUUCAACCUUCCUCACGUUAUCUGGUGCAAUGGCCUUUGGAAUACCUUCUGAUACAUUAAUAUCCUCCUUCAAAGUGUCUACCGAGAAGCCUUCAUCCAACAUUGCUUCUUUAAUGCGACAGGUGUCCAGGGAAUUUGAAAAGUCUUCUGCCCUAAAACAAGUUUUGGCAAAUCGCUGAUUAUUUUGAGAGAUCAAAGGAUCUAAUCUUUCAAAAGUAAUAACCACUUUUCCAAGCAAUAAGUCUUCAAUUUCCAAAGAAGCUGGAAUAAAACCACAAAUAUUCUCCUUGAUCUUAAUAUAGGCCGAAGAACCCUCUAAAAAUUUUAGUGUUUUUGAUGAGAUCUCAACUAAACCACCUAAAUGAUGCCCAACAGCUUCAAAAACAGAAUUCUUCGAAAACGGUAAUGGAAGAUUCUUAAUUGAAAUCCAACCUCCAUAACAUGAAGUAGCUUUUGGGAUGGAAUGAACUUUUUUUGACCAAUGUUCAAGCUUUCGAUGCAUCCUUCCAUAUUCGUACCAUUUACCUAUCGAGAACUCCUCAUCAAUCUCCAUAUGAAUCUUGAUUAAUGCCUUAUCAUCACAGAAGGGAUUAAUUGAAAUGUUUCCCUGGAAAAAAUCUUCUAUAGUUGUUUUUACUUCAGGCCAUGAGUAGUACUCCAUUAAUCUUGAUUUAAGGUAGAUUUAAAUUCAACAUUUCUUUUUCUUUUCUAAUCCAAACUGGAAAGGUGGGAAUUUGAUCUUUCUUGCAAUCUUCAACUCUUCCAUUUGCUAGUGUUUCCUCUCCGGAAAUGGCAACUUUUGCAUAUGAACUUCUAAAAUAAUGAUCAACCGAAUUAGGAGUAUCAACUUCAUGCACAGGACUCUGAUGGGCAAGAUGGCAACUAACCUUCAAACUUGAACUAAUCAUUUCAGCAAAAGAAAGCCAUCCUUGAUUAUGCACACCUGUAGGAAUAUGAAUAUUGCACCUACCUCCUGAGGAAAGCCAAAACGCGAUUUCUGAAAACCAAACAGCCUUGGAUCUAAACUUUGCUAAUCUUGCAACUCCCUGAUCCAGCAUAGCCUUUUUGGAGAAGAAUACCUGAGGUUUUUCAUUAGAAAGCUUAUGCAGCUCCAUUUCUAACCAUAACAUCGUUUGCAUGCUGAAGGAACUUUCUGAUUUUUUGAGAAGUUUUCCACUAAAAAACCAAAAUCCUCUCGCCAAAUGCAAAAAAAGUGGUCAUUAAUAUUGCAACUUUUAACUUCCAUCUUGAGUUAAUCCAAAACAAGAAGAGGAUAUAUGUUGAAAGUGGCCGGAAAAAGGGAAGAAAAUGCUGAAAGGGCUUUGGAAUUACUGGUCGGAGGAGAAAACAGAGGAGAGAGGAGAGAGCAUACUUGCCUUCUCAAGAAAAGCAUUACAUAAAUCUUCUAAACCCUUAUUCUUCAACUCCAUGAAGAUCAUUUCUAGGCUUAAGGUUAAUAGGGAUAAAAGUUCCAUGCAUGGGAUUGAGCGUGAGUUUUAGUCGAGAGAUGGGCUUUCUUAGUGGGUUGUGGGAUUGGCUCCCUCCCUUCAAUUACAUAGGUCUUCCUUUGGGUAAUAGCCUAAUCUUGUUUACUUUUGGAACCCGGUGACCAAAAGGGUCAAAAGCACCUUACCUCAGGAAUAAAAGCUUUCUUUACCUUUCUAAUGAGGCCUUUCUUUACCUAUCGUGUGAGUCUAUAAUUGUAGGAUAAAAAAUGCUCUUAGAGAUCUUUCUUUAUAAAUCCUUGCUAGCCAAUUUCUGCCUUCAUUCAGGAGUUAGGGAUAUUCGAAUGACAAAUAUUAAAUAUUCAUUGGAUAUGGUAAUUAAAGCAGAUUGAAUUGUAAACUAGAUUCACGUCAUAGGGGUUAAUGCUU